AUGAGCUUCAGAGGACGAGGCGGAUUCCGAGGUGGCCGAACCGGCGCACCCAUGCAGAUGGGCCCUCCCGAUCAGGUGUUUGAGAUGGGUGCCUUUCUGCACGCUUGCGAGGGCGAUAUCGUCUGCAAGUCCAUCAAUGAGAAGAUCCCCUACUUCAACGCCCCCAUUUACCUUGAGAACAAGACCCAGGUCGGCAAGGUCGACGAGAUUCUUGGCCCCAUGAACGAUGUCAUGUUCACUAUCAAGCCCUCCGAGGGCUUCCAGGCCGCUUCUUUCAAGUCUGGUGACAAGUUUUACAUUGGCGGAGACAAGCUGCUGCCGCUGGAGCGAUUCCUGCCCAAGCCCAAGGCCACCGGCGUUAAGAAGCCCAAGGCUGCUGGAGGACGAGGUGGUGCUCGAGGCGGUGCUCGAGGCGGCUUUGGUGGCCGUGGAGGUGCUCGAGGAGGCUUUGGUGGCCGAGGCGGUGCUCGAGGAGGCUUCGGAGGUGCUCCCCGAGGCGGACGAGGUGGCUUUGGAGCUCCCCGAGGUGGACGAGGCGGAUUUGGAGGCCGAGGUGGAGGCCGUGGUGGAUUCGGCGGUGGACGAGGUGGCCGAGGAGGUUACUAA